GGUCAGGUGUAUAUAGCUGCUCCCCUUUCUCCAACAGAACAGAACCUACCAGAGAUUCCUUAUACAUCAGGAGAGUAUCACCAUGAUGAUGUUGACCAUAUUUUUGCUUCUCAGCGCUGCCUUUGCUCUUGGUGAUGCAAGGGAUCUGAAUGACACAGAGAAUCAAAUUAUUGAGAAUCUGAUACGCAACCUGCCAAUCGAGUCUGAGGAGAUGGGAGCGAAGGAGAAAGGGGGAUUACAAACCAGGAGUUCAUCAUGCCCACCUGGUUGGCACAGAUAUGAGACACACUGCUAUCACUACGUCCCCAUCAUGGCCAAAUGGCCAGAGGCAGAGCAUUACUGUUUGCUAUUGGGAGGUAACCUGGCGUCAGUACACAGCCUCUCUCAGUAUAACUUCCUUCAGUCAGUCAUCCAAAGUGGUGCCAACAGAGCCCAGCGCACCUGGAUUGGAGCCAACGAUGCCAUCAAGGAGGGUCUUUGGCUGUGGAGCGAUGGGUCCAGGUUUAGCUACCAGAACUGGGGCAAGGGGCAACCUGAUAACUACAUCCUAGUUGCUGGGAACGACAACACGAAUGGCCGUGAGCAUUGUAUGGAGAUGAACGCUGGAGGGGACUUCGGGCAGAAUGAUGCAGUCUGUUGGAUGCAAAUUCCAUUCAUGUGUUCCAGAAAGCUGUAAUAUCUACCGAUUGGGAGAGAAUUCAUGUUGUAACGUUACUCCCCUCAUGUUUAGUGCACUUUGAGAUUUUUGCUGAUUUUAAUGUGAUUCUAUUGCCUUAUCUUGAUGAUUAUUGCUAAUUAUGUAAAGUGACUUUGGGUCUCUUGAAAAGCUCUUGUAGUAAUACAUUUUAGAAAUUCUAUAUUAUCUGAGAGGCUCUCAGGUGAUGGGAUUCUUCAAUAAAGUCAGCCUGUAAUAUUU